AUGUAUUACAUACGGCGCAUCACCAUCACCCUCUCCGUCCUGCUCUCCAUCUCCUUCCUGGCAUGGUUCCUGCCCCGCUACCUGAAUCCCAACCCUCCCGACCCGGCCAAGCAGCGCGAGGACAAGAGAUGGAUCAGUAGCAGCCCGUACUGGGUCGACCGCCAGGCCUGCCGCUGGUUGAGUCUUUGCGGUGUUCACCACCUCUCGUGGGAUCCUGCCGCUCUUCUCCCCUUCAAGAACGACACCGACGGCGACGAAUUGCGUCUUGAGCUGAGAUCCCUGUACACCGACGAGGGACGGCACCAUGGCUGGGAGUCCGUAUCCAGGAUGCGCCAGCCCCAGGACAAGUCCGACGCGAAGACGCUGAAGGAGAUUCCCGACUACGUCCUCAAGUAUGCGCCAUUGGUUCACCUGUACUCGGGUGAGAACUUCUGGCCUGCCGACAUUGCGGAGCACAUCAAGCACAUGACGCCCUACCUUGAGAAGCAAGCAUUGAACCGUUCGGUUCUGCUUUCGGACUUGCACCAGCUCAAUAAGGAGGACGGCAUGGUUUACCUCACAAGCGACGAAGACGUCGAGCAGAGACCCGAGUGGUUGCACAGCCACGUCGGUAUUCCUGAACCCUGGAACGACGACGACGACAACGAAGGCGGCGGUGAAGAAGACGGCGGCAAUGAGGAUAUUCCGAUCGAAGACGAUGAUCAGGUGCACUCUCCGUUGGAAGACACCACAUGGUUCGAUGUCUCUCGCGACCACCCAGUCUACCGCAUUUCGGACCCUCGCCGGUUUCCACAUUUCGUGCCUCACGCCCGCACCGGCGACUUCCAUCUCCGCCGACGGGACCAGAAGCCGCUGCCCCCGCCCGACACGCCUACCCACAAGCCCGAUCAGGAAGGCUACUCCAAGGCCCCAGCUGUGCUAGUUCUCGUCGACAAGGGUUCCGGCAUUGUCGACGCUUUCUGGUUCUUCUUCUACUCGUACAACCUUGGUCAGACCGUCUUGACUAUCCGGUUUGGUAAUCAUGUCGGAGAUUGGGAGCACUGCAUGAUGCGAUUCGAGAACGGCGUGCCCCGUGGCAUUUUCUUCUCCGAACACGAAGGCGGACAGGCUUACACGUACCACGCCGUCGAGAAGCGAGGUGAUCGUCCCGUCAUCUACUCCGCCGUUGGAUCUCACGCCAUGUACGCACAGGCGGGCGAACAUCCCUAUGUGCUGCCGUUCAAGAUGCUCAAGGACGUCACCGACAAAGGCCCCCUCUGGGAUCCUGCAAAGAAUGCCUACUCUUACUGGUACGACUAUGCGCAGGACUUGGACGAGGACCUCGACGAUGAUCUGGACGACAAGGUAGACGUCGCCAGCGGGCAUCGCAAGGAAAACCCCACCAGUCUCGUACCAACAGCUGAGAAUCCCGAUGCGCCAACCUCUUGGUUCCACUACGCCGGCCCGUGGGGUGACAAGCUCUACAGUCUCGCCGAUAUUCGCCAAUGGCGUCUCUUUGCGCAGUACCACUACGUUUCCGGUCCUCUGGGCCCCAAGUUCAAGCGUCUCGACCGUGAGAAGCUUUGUGUCACGACGAGAUGCCGUAUUCUCAACAGUCUGAAGCCAGGGCAGACUUGGUACAGCUAG